UCAUUUCUUCAAAACCCAAAUUCUUUUGCUUCAACAUACAACCAAAAUUUUCCAUCACUUUCCCAGGAAACCAAAAUAAAAAUCCCCAGAAAAUGUCGCACAGCGACACAAUCCCUCUGCAUGCAUCCUCCCAAUCAGACAUUGACGAGAUCGAAAACCUAAUCAACGCCAGUGUCCAAUCGGGUCCAGCCACCGUCCUCCCGGCCCGCCCGCCCAGUCCUCCGAGAAUCCCAGUUUCUUCCUCACCCUUCAUCCAUUCAAACCUCCCUCCUUUGCCCCCACAAAAAACAUCGGUACCGGCAGCCGCACCGUUACCACCACCACCACCUGCAAGUAAUCGAUCGAGUAAUAUUAACAACGGUGGUACAGGUGCAACCGGGUUCGGAUCUGCUCCGAAUACUUUAACGGAGCCGGUAUGGGACACGGUGAAAAGGGAUCUGUCGAGAAUUGUGAGUAAUUUGAAGCUGGUGGUCUUUCCGAAUCCGUACAGAGAGGAUCCUGGUAAAGCGUUGAGAGAUUGGGAUCUUUGGGGCCCUUUUUUCUUCAUUGUGUUUCUGGGUCUUACUCUUUCUUGGUCCGCUUCUGUCAAGAAGUCUGAGGUUUUCGCAGUCGCAUUUGCUCUACUUGCAGCUGGUGCAGUAAUCUUGACAUUGAAUGUUCUGCUACUGGGCGGGCACAUAAUUUUCUUCCAAAGUCUAAGUCUCUUGGGUUAUUGUCUCUUCCCUCUGGAUGUUGGAGCAGUAAUCUGUAUGUUGAAGGACAAUGUUAUCGUAAAAAUGAUCGUGGUUUGUGUGACAUUGGCAUGGAGCUCAUGGGCUGCCUAUCCGUUCAUGAGUUCAGCUGUCAACCCAAGAAGAAAGGCUCUUGCACUUUACCCUGUUUUUCUUAUGUAUGUAUCCGUUGGUUUCCUCAUUAUCGCCAUUGAUUAAUGCGACAGUGAACCCCAUUAUUGGGGCUGUCAUAAGCAGCCAACAGUCGAAACACACAUGAAGUACAUAGGAAAUUUUUGUGAUGUUUUUUGUUCAUGUAAUAUUGUCUUUUUGGCCAUUUUCGGACUUGGAUAUUGUGGAGACUCCAUCUUCCUUUAUACUCGUAUAAGAAAAAACUAUAAUGUGGUUCAACAUUGUAUUU